AUGUUAACAGAGAGUGAAAACAAUUUCACUCUGACGGGCACGGCACCAAGUAAAGGCCACCCCCUCACCACUCACCGUUUGCCCUUCUUACUCACAUCCUCCACCUCCCGCACCUGUUCCUCACCUUCACUUCCCAUUUCCAGCCACUCACCACAAAUCAAUAUCUCCCAAAUCACCACACCAUUGCAUCACGGCAGCCUCCACCGCCCCCAAUCACCCAACCUUCACUCACCUUUCAUCCCAUUCUCUUCCCCUUCCCUUAUCUUCUCCCAGCAACACCCUCUUCACCUUCUAAAUCACCUUCGCCAAUCUCCACCGCGGGCCGCCCUCACCGGAGCUGCGAACCCAGCUCAAGCCGCCGCGUACCGGCUACUCACCUGCACCAACCCUUCUAUCUGGUUCCCAAUCUCCGUCGUGCCUCCUCUCUGUAGCCACCUCCUCUCCUCUCGGCCCAACCAUCGCGCCACUCGAGGGCCACCUUCGCCAGUGUCGCGCCGCCACUGUGAUUCGCAGCACCACCAAUCGCGGCCCACCUUCACCAGAACCCUAGCCGCUUAUUUCCGCCCAUCACGCCGAAAUCAGGAGCCACCAGUAGCCUAG